GCAAAUGUUAAAAGUGUAAAUCUGUAUCUAUACAUUCCCGACAUCCUCCCUCCCCUCUAAAUAAAACAGCAGUGUCGGCCACUGAAAGCUGUCAGACACCUGCUGAACACCACACUGUCUCAGUUUUUUAGAGCAAUCUGAGAAACAUUUAACAUGGCAUCCAAGAUGAUAAUUCAGCAGCCCAAGCCUCUCGUGGUGUCUGCUGCCUCAGACCAGUGGAGUACCAGCAUCUGUGAAUGUGACAAUGUUAAUGAAUGUUGUUUUUCCGUGUGGUGCUUUCCCUGCUUCGCCUGCAUUACAGCCAGAGAUCAUGGAGAAUGUCUUUGUCUGCCUCUGCUGGACAGCUGUGGAGCAAUCCCCCCAAUAACGCUCUCCAUGAGGGUGUCCACACGCCGACGCUAUGGAAUCUCGGACACUAUCUGCAAUGACUGCGUGUAUUCUUACUUCUGUGGCCCUUGCUCAUGGUGCCAGAUCAGAAGAGAGAUGAAGGCGAGACUCCACCCUAUCACUCUAUUUAACAACAGGGCUACAUAAAUAUCAUCAUCAUCAUAGUACAUUAUCUUCAGCACUUCUUGCCAUUGUCUUCUCCAUCACGCUUGUCUUUAUUCGGAUCAUUGGUCAUGUCAGUCACACACAAAGACUUGCUUGCUCUGCAUCUCAGAUCUGGGUUUUGAUCUCCUUUUCCCGCCCACACACACACUGAUCGGAGAUCAGUUUUCAUGGUGUCACUGUGGAAUGUCUUUCAAGCUUCGUUGGUGUUCAGCUCUGAUCCGGGGAGUGUUAUGGAGUGAAGAAUUUAAUGCUGUUUACUUAUGAACACAAGCUGUCCCACUGAUGAAUAACACAUUUGGAAAUCUGAAACAAAUUUAAUAUUACUGUAGUCACAACAUGUUUUCUGACACUCUAGUAGUAUGAAUGGUUUUACUUUUGAGAUUACUUUUAUUAGAUCUGAUUGUCUGCUACUUUAAAAUAUUAGUUUAACAGCAGAUUGUUUAGUUAUUGAAAAUGUGACACUAUAGCUGUUAUUUAUGUUAAAAAUGUAUGAAAAAUAUGUUUUGUGUGUGUGUAUGUUUGUGCACACUUGUCUAGGUGGAUGAAAAUAACAUGUUUGAC